AUUACGCAGUUCGUCGAGAAUGAAUUUCUCCUCCAGCUGAACUGUUUAGAGCUUGCUUUCAGUAUAAUUCGGGCAGUCAAUCUGUGAACAAGUGCUAACUAGUGUACCAUAUAAAGUCAUCCAGCCGAGUAAAAUGUUGUGGACUAUAAUUGGCAUAGUGUCCGGCCUAGUGGGAGCAGCUUAUCUGUUCUUAGCCUGGGAGUUUAAUCGCUGGAAGAAAACCGGAAUCAAAGGACCCAAACCAAAGUUAUUGUUCGGGAAUGUUCCCAGCAUACUGACACAGAAACAACAUCCUUUCUACGACUAUCAGAGAAUCUAUAACGACUAUAAGGAUGAGCCUGUAGUUGGAUACUUCAGCGUGCGCACUCCACAUCUCAUGAUCCGCGACCCCGAGUUGAUCAAAGAGGUUCUCUCGAAAAGCUUUCGGAAUUUUUCCGCCAAUGAUUUCUCCAACUUGGUAGACGAAAAGUCCGACCCACUGCUGGCACGCAACCCUUUCAGCUUGAGCGGAGAAAAAUGGAAAACACGGCGAGCGGAAAUUACUCCGGCUUUUACGACCAAUAGAAUAAAAGCCUUGUCCGUUUUGAUGGAAGAUGUAUGCGCUCGGAUGACGAAUUAUAUUACUCAAAAAAUUGCACAGAAUGAGUGCACAUUCGACACGAAAGAGUUAAUGACAAAGUACACCACGGAUGUAGUUUCCAACUGCAUUUUCGCAAUUGACGCACAAUCGUUCACCAAGGAGAAACCUGAAAUACGGGAGAUGGGACGACGCAUCAUGGAUUUCAAUGUCACCGCGCAAAUUGUUUUCACACUGGUCACAUUUAUUCCUUCGAUCAGAAAUUUUUACAAGUUCACUUUUGUCCCGCGGGAUGUUCAGGAAUUCUUCAUCCACAUCAUGAGAGAAGCUAUCCAACAUCGCAAGAAGAACAACAUUGUUCGUAAUGAUUUCCUCGAUCAUCUGCUAUCGUUAGAAGAGAAGAAGCAAAUCUCUGAAAUCGACAUCGCAGGACACGGUGUGUCCUUCUUCGCCGAUGGAUUUGAAACAUCUAGUUGGAUGAUGACCUAUUGUCUGUACGACCUGGCAUCGAAUCCAGCCGUUCAACGUCAAGUUAGGGAAGAAAUUCGUAGCGUACAAGCUAGCAAGAAAACCCUAGACUAUGAUACGGUAGGGGAGAUGACCUAUCUGGAACAAGUUUGCAACGAAACACUUCGAUUACACGCAAUCAUCCCGGUGCUUGCCAAACGAUGCACUGAGGAUGUCGAAUUGACAGGACCAAAAGAUAGGAAAAUUCGUAUUACAGCCGGAACGACCGUCACUAUCCCAUAUUUUGUCCAGUUCGAUCCACUUUACUACGAUGAACCGGAAAAAUUCAAACCCGAACGCUUUGCCCCGGAAACUGGUGGUGUGAAGCCGUACAGAGAGAAAGGAGUUUAUUUCCCAUUUGGAGAUGGUCCAAGAAUGUGUCUUGGAAUGCGCUUUGCAAUGGCACAGGCGAAGAGAGGAAUCGUGGAGAUUAUCGAUAAAUUUGAGAUCACAGUUAAUCCGAAGACGAAGGAACCGCUGGUCUUUGAACCAAAACUUUUCAUGCUCAAUGUAGUCGGUGGUAUUUGGCUGGAUUUCAAACCAAUUGUUAACAGUAUGUGAACGGGGUAGUGAUGAUAAUAUGAUGUAUUUUGUUUAUACGAAACAAAUCUAUAUAAAUAAAAAUGUAAGGCCAAAUGUGUUGCUAAGCGCGAAACCCAAAGAAGGAUUCGUCCGAUUUGAGCCAUCUUUAUUUUGAUGUA